AUGCAAAGAUUCAAGGACAAGUUGGGACAAGGAAUUGAUCAUCUGGAGGGGUCUCUCAAAGACACCCAUAUCCACGAGGUCAAAGCCGAGGCUACACAUUUUAAGGCCAAAGUCGGCAAGUUUUUUAAUAUCAUAAACCCGAAUCAUCGUCAUGACGAGGAGCACGAACAAGCGACAGAUCGCAAGCGCGCUGAGAUCGCAGAGUCACACCGCUUCCAGUCUUUUGCACCCGUCCACGACGGGAAUCGCAUCAAGUGGUAUGUCGAUGCUAAGGAUUACAUGUGGGCAGUCUCCGAAGCUCUGGAGAAAGCCACCGAGACUAUCUACAUUGCCGACUGGUGGCUCUCUCCGGAACUCUUCUUGCGCCGUCCCCCUGUCGAGCACCAGGAAUGGCGAUUGGAUCAGAUCUUGAAGCGACGCGCCGAAGCAGGUGUCAAGAUUUAUAUCAUUGUCUACAAAGAGGUUAACCAAGCCCUGACAUGUAAUUCCGCACACACUAAACAUGCCUUGCGGAGCCUCUGCCCCGAGGGAGCUCCUGGCUACGGCAAUAUCCGAGUUAUGCGCCACCCCGACCACAAUGUCUUUGAGAACGCAGCUGAUAUGACUCUUUACUGGGCGCACCACGAGAAAUUCCUUGUCAUUGAUUACAAUGUGGCCUUUAUCGGAGGCAUUGAUCUAUGCUUCGGACGAUGGGACGCAAACCAGCACCCAUUGGCCGAUGUCCACCCAACAGGCUUGUGGGGCGACAUUUUCCCAGGACAGGACUUCAACAACAACCGGAUCAUGGACUUCCAGAGCGUAGAAGACUGGCAGAGCAACGAAGUCAGCAAAGUCGACUUUGGUCGCAUGCCCUGGCACGACGUGGCCAUGGGCUUGCAGGGCGACUGUGUGUACGACAUUGCCGAACACUUUGUUCUGCGUUGGAACUUCAUCAAGCGCGACAAAUACAAGCGCAGCCACGAUGUCGAUUGGCUACUCAUGGAGGGUCUCGUAGGCGAAGAAGAAGAUAUCAUCGCCGUGCAGCGACCCAAGUACCCCUGCGGACAAUACGUCCAGCACCCGCUGACGCCCCUGUCGUCCAAGCCUCGUGGUAACGUGGGCACUGUGCGCGCUCAAAUCGUGCGCAGCAGUGACGACUGGAGCAGCGGGAUUCUGAACGAGCACAGUAUUCAAAACGCGUACUGCGAGACCAUCCGCAAUGCCCAGCACUAUGUGUAUAUUGAGAACCAGUUCUUCAUCACUGCCACUGGCGACCAACAGCGUCCGAUCUUCAACACGAUCGGCCGUGCGAUCGUCGAGGCUUGCGUGCGCGCAGGCAAAGAGGGUCGCAAGUUCCGCGUGAUCAUUGUCAUCCCUGCGAUUCCUGGAUUCGCUGGUGAUUUGCGUGACAAUGCUGCGUUGGGUACUCGGGCGAUCAUGGACUACCAGUACAAGUCGAUUUGUCGCGGCGAGCACUCGAUCUUUGGGCAGAUCGAGAAAGAGGGUAUUGACCCAAGAGAACACGUCUUCGUGUUCGCGCUGCGUGCUUAUGAUCGAAUCAACAAAACGCCUGACCUCGAAGAUCUCGAGAAGCAAGCCGGUGUCACAUACCAGGAUAUCCAACGCGGUAUCGCAGAGACCAUCAUGAGUGAAAGUGUACACCCAGCGGUGGGCAAAGACGGCGACGAGAACGAGAAGGACUACGCAGCCGACCAAAAUGCCAAGAAGGAAACCCUGCGCAAGCUCCAGAAUUUCCAAGAUACGGUCGAGAAGAGAAAGGCCGAGGGAAAGAUCGACGGUGGAUUCCACAGCAAGGAUUCAGUAUCGCAUUGCAGCAUGUUGAACGGGGGUAAGAUGUCCAACGAGGUCUGGGAGGGCGACCCAGAGGCCGAAAAGGCGAACUUUGUCCAGGAGGAGCUGUACGUGCACGGCAAGGUGUGUAUCGUCGACGAUCGCACGAUCAUCUGCGGCAGCGCCAACAUCAACGACCGGUCCCAGCUUGGCUCACACGACAGCGAACUGGCCAUCGUAAUGGAAGACCAAGACCUCAUCGACAGCCGCAUGAACGGACAGCCAUACCAGGCCUCCCGAUUGGCCGCCACGCUCCGCCGACAACUGUGGCGCGAGCACCUAGGCCUACUGCCGGCACAAGAAUUCGACGCCUCGGGCGACCCGAACGCGCAACCUCCCGAUGUGUCACUCAACCGGAUCGAUGAGGGCCCGGAGAACGAGUUCGUGAUCGAUCCGCUCGGCGAUGCGGUCUGGAACACCUGGACGUCGCAAGCGACCGGGAACACCGAGGCGUAUCGGAUGUUGUUCCGGGCGGACCCUGAUGAUCAUAUCAAGACUUUCGAGGACUACGACAAUUUCCGGCCUCGGGGCACGCACAAGGAGGGACAUCUGUUCGAUCCGUAUAUGCCAGCCAAGGAUGUGCGGGAGAAGCUGGAUCUCAUCAAGGGUCAUCUUGUUUGGUUGCCGUUGGAGUUCCUGCGCGACGCUGAAAUGGCAGAGCCUGGGUUGGCUGUCAAUCAGAUUACAGAGAGUAUCUACACCUAA